GCUUUGUUGUGGCUGACGUCACUCACGGAGGACGCGGGCGUCCCAUUGGGUCGCUGCUGGGCUCUCUUGGCGGCGCCAGAGUCGGUCGCUCGCUCGGCCCGGCCCGGCCGGAGGGGCCCUGGCGGCAGCGGCAGCACCCAUGGCCAGCACCGGCAGCCCUCUGUACGAUGCUGUUCCCAUCCAGUCCAGCGUGGUUCUGUGUUCCUGCCCAUCCCCAUCGAUGGUGAGGAGCCAGGCGGAUUCCAGCUCUCCGCCCGUUGCUGCCACCUGUGGCCGCAGACAGGGGCUGAACAUGGAGAGCACUGCAGCUGAGCCACGGGCCACUCCCGUGUCUUUGCAGCAGCCUUCACAGCCACGGAAGAAACGCCCAGAGGACUUCAAGUUUGGGAAGAUCCUGGGUGAAGGAUCCUUCUCCACGGUUGUUUUGGCCAGAGAAGUGGCCACCUCCAGAGAAUAUGCCAUUAAAAUUCUAGAGAAGCGUCAUAUCAUAAAAGAGAACAAGGUGCCCUAUGUGACCCGCGAGAGAGACGUGAUGUCGCGCCUCGACCACCCCUUCUUUGUCAAGCUCUACUUCACAUUUCAGGAUGAUGAGAAACUCUACUUUGGCCUUAGCUAUGCCAAAAACGGAGAGCUGUUGAAAUAUAUCCGCAAGAUUGGCUCCUUUGAUGAGACCUGUACCAGGUUUUAUACUGCUGAAAUGGUGUCUGCAUUGGAGUAUUUGCAUGGGAAGGGAAUCAUUCACAGGGACCUAAAGCCGGAAAACAUCUUGCUCAACGGGGAGAUGCACAUUCAAAUAACAGAUUUUGGGACAGCAAAAGUGUUACCUGCAGACAGUAAGCAAGCACGGGCAAACUCCUUUGUUGGUACAGCGCAGUACGUGUCUCCGGAGCUAUUAACCGAGAAGUCUGCCUGCAAAAGUUCUGACCUGUGGGCGCUCGGCUGCAUCAUAUACCAGCUGGUUGCAGGGCUGCCGCCAUUCCGAGCUGGAAACGAGUAUCUUAUAUUUCAAAAGAUAAUCAAAUUGGAAUAUGAAUUCCCAGAGAAGUUCUUCCCCAAGGCAAAAGAUCUCGUGGAAAAGCUUUUGGUUCUAGAUGCGACCAAGAGGCUUGGCUGUGAAGAAAUGAGAGGCUAUGAGCCCCUGAGGGCCCAUCCGUUUUUUGAUUCUAUCUCCUGGGAGAAUCUGCAUCACCAGACACCCCCCAAACUCACAGCAUAUUUGCCUGCCAUGUCCGAGGAUGAUGAAGACUGCUACGGAAAUUAUGACAAUCUCCUGAGUCAGUUUGGCUGCCUGCAAGUUUCUGGCUCCGCCUCCUCCCACUCGCUGUCUGCCCCGGAGCCACGCCCACAGCCUGCAUCCGGCAACAACAUAGAGCAAUACAUUCAUGACCUCGACAGCAAUUCCUUUGAGCUGGACCUUCAGUUCUCUGAAGAAGAAAAAAGGUUGCUGUUGGCAAAACAGGCUGGCGGAAACCCCUGGCACCAAUUUGUAGAGAAUAAUUUAAUCCUGAAGAUGGGGCCAGUGGACAAGAGGAAGGGCUUGUUUGCUCGGCGGCGACAGCUGCUCCUGACUGAAGGACCCCACUUGUACUACGUAGACCCUGUCAACAAAGUUCUGAAAGGAGAGAUUCCGUGGUCGCUCGAACUGCGGCCAGAAGCCAAGAACUUCAAGACCUUUUUUGUUCACACACCUAACAGGACGUAUUACCUGAUGGACCCAAGUGGGAACGCGCAUAAGUGGUGUAAAAAGAUCCAUGAGGUCUGGCGGCACAGAUACCACCAGAAUGCUGCGAAAUGAAGCUGCUCUCUGGCGCCUCGUCUCCCUCCUUGCUGCUCAAGCACCAGCGGACCUUCCCGGCCCGUCUCUAGGGGAAGCCAGUGGCCCAGACUCAUUUCCUCCUGAAGGAGAAACCAGCCCAUGGGAUUCAGGGUGGCUUUGCUUGCUUUUCUGCCUCUUCUGAGGCUUCCACGUACUCCGCUGCAGUGAGUGACCAGCUUCUUCCCCGUGCCCUUCUGCUCCGUUUCUGCUGCAAAGGAGAAGGGUCUUGGCGCCGCUGGCUGUGCGGCCAGUCAGUUAAGCGAAGCACAUCUAGCCUGAUCCGCAGGUGCAGCCCAGGUCCCAUCGGGGCUGGAAGGUGACUGUGCAACCGCUCUUCAUCAGGGAGCUUGGAGGGGCCUUCCUUGUGGGAGAGAACCCCCGUGAUGCUGCUGCUGCUGCUGCCACCGCUGCCACCCCACCCCUUUUGUCCCUUCCAUAGGCUCCUUGUUCUCCAGCACUUGCGAGGGCAGUGGGCUUGCCCUCAUGGGACUCUCUGGCCGCGUUCAGAUUUCAGGAUUCUCCACGGAUGGUGCUCCCUUGUGAGCUGUUGCACAUUUUGCUGGCACACUCCAGCGCACGUGGGAGGAGGAGAGGGAAUUGUUGAACACAGCACUUAAGUUGUUCGCAAUCUUGACACUCUGAUCUCAUAAAAUUUUGAAAUGGAGUUUUAAUUUGAUGCAUUUACAUGUUUAAGGAGCGCUAAAGUUACCAGCAUGCUUUUAACUAAUAACUAACUACAAGGUUAACUAGUUCGUACAAGACUUUCUUGAUGUAGUAAGUAGACUCUUCACCUUUUUGGAAGAGGAGAGCGAGCCCAUUUCUUUGCAGGGUGCGUUGCAGGGAGGGGGCUGCGAUGUGUGUUUGCGGGGGAGGGACAAGACUGAGCAACGGAUGGCUUGACCAGGUGUCUCUGUAUAAUGAGGUGUACAAAUAUUCCUGUCUGGUUCAUUGGCCAAGCAUCGGAUCUUUUAGCGACUUUGAAAAUAUUUUACAUGAUUUAAAUAUAUUUAAGCCCCUCCACUAAUCGGACUAAUUGUUGUGUUCCUGUAAAAAUGUUGAUACCAAGGAGGGACAAACGUAUGGUACUUGAGUCAUAUCUAUCCAAUGUUUCAUAUCGUUCUUUGGUCCUUUUCCAAUUAAACUGUCAUGGUCAAAUGUU